CCAGAGGGAAGGUGAGAGGGCGAGGAGUGAAGGUGGCUGGGUGGGUAUGGGGGUCCGUUGAAGUGAGCCGCCUCCAGCCGUGUUGAACUGGUGGGCCCAGGGACCAGAGCUGGACCGAGAGGGAUCUUGCUCUCCCCUGAAGCCUUGAGCUGUAGUGAUUUCAGAGUGUCUUCUCUCCUUGUGUGAGCCUGUCUGGGUGUUUAGGCUGAACUGCAGCCACCCCUCUGCCGGGGGUGUGCAGGCCAGGGCCUGGCCAGGCAGCCAUGGCUGAUGAGAAGACCUUCCGCAUCGGCUUCAUCGUGCUGGGGCUUUUCCUGCUGGCCCUCGGUACAUUCCUCAUGAGCCAUGAUCGGCCCCAGGUCUACGGCACCUUCUAUGCCAUGGGCAGCAUCAUGGUGAUUGGGGGCAUCAUCUGGAGCAUGUGCCAGUGCUACCCCAAGAUCACCUUCGUCCCUGCUGACUCUGACUUCCAAGGCAUCCUCUCCCCAAAGGCCCUGGGCCUGCUGGAGAAUGGGCUUGCUGCCGAGAUGAAGAGCCCCGGUCCCCAGCCCCGCUAUGUCCGGCUGUGGGGGGAAGCUGCCUAUGACCAGAGCCUGCCUGACUUCAGCCACAUCCAGAUGAAAGUCAUAAGCUACAGUGAGGACCCCCGCCCCUUGCUGGCCUCCGAGACGGGACAGCCGAAGCUGGGAACCAGUGAUGGAGAAGGUGGCCCCGGCGACGUUCAUGCCUGGACAGAGGCUGCCGUGGUCAUCCACAAGAGAUCAGAUGAGAGUGAAGGGGAAAGAGGGCUAACUCAGAGCUGCCUUGACCCCCCAGCCUUUCCUGAGGGCCCUGCCCCCUUGGCUUCCUUCCAAGAUGACCUGGACAUGGGCUCCAGUGAAGGCAGCAGCCCCAACGCAUCUCCACAUGAUGGGGAGGAAGUUUGUUCCCCACAACAGGAGCCCUGGGCCUGCAGGUGCCCGCUGGACUGCUUCCAAGACUUUGCCCUGAUUGAUGCCCCAACGUUGGAGGAUGAGCCCCAAGAGGGGCAGCAGCGGGAGGUAGUCCUGCCCAACAACUGGCAGCAGUACCCAAGGACAAAGGUGGAGGAGAAGGAGGCUUCGGACACAGGUGGGGAGGAACCCAAGGAGGAAGAGGAGGACCUGUACUAUGGGCUGCCAGACGGCCCCGGGGACCCCCUCCCAGACAAGGAACUGGGUUUUGAGCCUGACACCCAGGGCUGAGGUGGUUGUGCUCCAUAGCUUCUAGUCUGGAACUGCUGCUAACCCCUGUGUGAUAGCACAGGGCCUCAGUUUCCCUAUCUGCAAAAUGGGAUGAUAUGGAGGUUCAAAUGAGAUGGUGGCAUUUUGAGGAUGGUAAAGAAAUGCACAGGGAGGGGAUGAU